AUGACAAACAACUUGGACGAAAAUACUGCAAUGUUAUUGAGACUGCAUCAACAACAAGGCAUAAUAUUACCGCUUAGAAAAGAUAAAAACAACAACAACAACAACAUCAACAACAACAUCAGCAUCAACAAAGACAACAACAUCAACACAAACAUCAACAACAACAUCGGCAACAGCGGUAGCAACGAUCAAAUGAUUUUAAUGUCACAGAAACAACAACAGCAAUCGCAGCAACAAUCGCAGCAACAAUCGCCGCAACAGCAGCUGCAGCAGCAGCAGCAACAACAACAACCACAACAAUAUUUCUACGAGCAACCAAAAACCGAAAACAUCAGAAUAGCCCCAAAAUCAAUCUCGAGAAGUUUCAACCUCAACGAAAUUUGUAAGCUGUUGAAACUGACAAAUUCUGGUUAUUCAAAUAUUUUCCCGCCAAUAUUAAAUGACCUACAUCGACGGAAAAAGCGAAAUAAUAAUAACAAUUUAUAUUUAGUUUCGGAUCAGAACGAGAUACUGGCGUUAAAUUCAUCCGAUUGUGAUGAUAUUUUUAUAGAAAGUUCUAGAAAAAAAGCAAAGGUAAACAUCAACAACAUCAUCCUCAAUAACAACAUCAACAACUGCAACAUCAACAACUGCAACAUCAACAACAACAACAUCAACUGCGUAAAUGUAUUAAAAAGUGAACUAUCUGAAGGGACGACGAUGUUAAAUGGCGACGAUGCUGUAACUGUUGACUAUAUAAAGUGCGAAAUUGAUGUUAAAAAGGUUGAUGGGAUGGACAAUUACAUCAACAACAACAACAUCAACAACAACUACAUCAAUAUCAACAACAACAUCAACAUCAACAACAAUAUUAACAAUAAUAUCAUUUUGAACGAUAGAUUUAAGUAUUCCAAUUGGGUAAAGACGGAACUGCAUGACAUCAACGACAACAUUAACCACAACAACAACAACAUCAUUAAAUCAUAUUACAUCAACAACAACAACAUCAACAACAACAACAUCAAACUCAUGGGCAGUCCGACCAAAAAGAUCAAGAAGAACUAA